AUGUUCCUGAACACAGCCCGCUUUGGAGGGCACAUGCGAAACAUGUCGUAGCGACGAAAAUAUUAUGUAUUUUCAAUAAGGUUGUAAGGAUAAAUGAAAAACUGAACAAGUUUGCAGAAUACGGUAUCGAAGCGCAUCUUUUACGGUGACCAUGGAUGCAGUCAACGCGUUCAACACGGAGUUAUUCUCCAUGAUUGACAUGAAGCCCCCCAUAUCACGGGCUAAAAUGAUGUCAAUAACAAAAUCUGCCAUAAAGGCCAUCAAGUUAUACAAGCAUGUUGUACAGAUUGUGGAGAAGUUCAUCAAAAAGUGUAAGCCAGAGCUGAAGGUGCCAGGCCUCUAUGUGGUGGACUCCAUUGUACGCCAGUCUCGCCAUCAGUUCGGCAUUGACAAGGACAUGUUUGCCCCGAGGUUCCUCAAAAACUUCACUGCAACCUUUCAGAACCUGUACAUGUGUCCGCCAGAUGACAAGAGUAAGAUCCUGCGAGUGCUGAACCUGUGGCAGAAGAAUGGUGUGUUCACCAUGGACAUAAUACAGCCUCUGCUGGACAUGGCUACCGGCAACGCAGUGGCACCGCCAGUCGUGGAGAAUGGCCUUCCAGACGCAGCCUCGCCGCCCGCAGCUGUUCCAGCCGAGGCCGCGCUGCCCGUCACCAGUGCCUCCAUAGUGCAGGCCCUGCCCCAGUUGCAGAACUCCGGGGCCCUGGCAGCUGUGGCCCAGCUCUUCCAGUCCUCACAGGGACAAGAGUUGCAUCAUAUCCUCCAGAAUCUGCACCCGUCGCAGGCCUCCGCGGUCCAGGGUGGAGCCGGGCCAGUGGCAGCCGGACCUGCCAUGAUGAUGCCCUCUGGUCACCCUCUCCCACACAGCAGCCUCCCUCCCCCUGUCAUGGGUCAACAGCAGCCACCCUCCACCAUGCCCAUGACUGUUCCAGUCACUAUGCCUGGCCAACCCAUGCCUUUUGCCAUGGCCGGCCACCAGCCGAUGCCUGUCCCAGUCACCAUGGCCGGCCAGCCUAUGACUGUCCCCGUCACCAUACCAGGACAUCCUAUGGGUGUUCCUGUCACCAUGGCUGGGCAGCCUAUGACUGUUCCUGUGACCAUGCCUGGUCAGCCUAUGACUUUUCCAGUCACCAUGUCUGGGCAGCCCAUGACUGUUCCCGUGACCAUGCCUGGGCAACACAUGACUGUUCCAGUGUCUGUCCCUGGUCACACCAAUCCCCCCACCGAGCAGAAGAACUCCUUUGCCAAGAAACUCCUGGCUCGUUUUGACUAUGACGAUGAACCAGAGCCUGCAGAAGAAGUGAAAGAAGAAUUGCCUCCCGCCAUGCCUCCGAAUGUGCCGCUCAACAUGCAGCAGCCGAUCAUGUACCCUCAGUUUGCUGGACAGAUGGCCAAUCAGCCUGGUAUGAUGCUCAUGCAGGGAAUGGGGCAGCCAAUGAUGUCGCAGCAGAUGACCGGUGUUCCUGGUGUUGUUCCCGGCAUUCCCGGUGUCACUGGUGUUGUUCCUGGUGCUGUACCCGGUGUUGUUCCGGGUGUCUCUGGUGUCGUUCCGGUUGUCACUGGUGUUGCUCCUGGUGUUCCUGGUGCUGCUCACUUCAUGCCACAGAUGCAGAUACAGAUUCAGGCUCAACCCGGCGGCUCCCCAGCAGCACCUCAACAGCCUCAGAUGGCUGAGGUGGAGGCGGAGCCAUCAUCAGGAAGGCGGGAAAGAAGGGACGACACUCGCAGCAGAAGAUCACGAUCCAGAUCUCCUCGGCGCCACUCCCCCUCGCGCUCCCGAAGGUCCCGCUCAGGCUCCAGGGAACGCUCCUCCCGCCGGUCACGCUUCCACCGGUCUCGUUCCCGCUCCCGGGAACGCCGGUCGGACCGCCGAGACAACCGCUCGCAGCGCUCCCGCUCGGAAGAAAGGAAGGAGAGGGAGAAGGAGCGGGAACGCCGGCAGAAGGGUCUACCCCCCAUCAAGAGCAAGACACUCAGCGUGUGCAGCACGACGCUGUGGGUGGGCCAGCUGGACAAGAAGACGACUCAACAAGACAUCACCCAGCUGCUGGAGGAGUUUGGACAGAUCGAGUCCAUCAAUAUGAUUCCUCCAAGAGGCUGUGCCUACAUCGUCAUGGUGCACAGGCAGGACGCCUUCAGGGCCCUGACCAGCCUCAGCAGGGGAACCACCAAGGUCAACCAGAAGGCCAUCAAGAUCGCCUGGGCGUUGAACAAGGGCAUAAAGCCUGAGCUGAAGAAGCUGUGGGACGUGGAGCGCGGAGUGACCUACAUCCCCUGGGAGAAGGUCAAAGUAGCCAGCCUGGAGGGCUACCGGGAGGGAGGCAUGCUGGACGCUGAAACCUUGUGUCCAGACUGGAACAGUUCUGUGAAAGAGCUGACCAAGCCUGCGGGCGCAGCAGCAGAAGCAGCAGCAGCGGCAGCGGCAGCAGCAGCAUCAAUGGGCAGCCCAGACGGACGCAAGCCUGAGGACAAGCCAGUGUCUACUGCACAGGUGGCCCCCACACAGCCAAUGACGGCGCCCUCUGUUGGUAAGCCAGGGUUUCCUCCACCCAUGGGCAUCCCACCCCUUGCCAUGAUGCCAGGCAGACCCCUGCCACCCUUCCUACCGCCAGGCUUCGACCCCACCAAGUUGCCCCCAGGCUUUCUUCCACCGGGUGCACUGUCUGCUGUAGUACCACCACCUACUGGUGCUGCAAUGUCCAUGCCACCAGUGACCGCAUCACCAGUUAAGCCUGCUACAGCAAAGGAGCCAGUCAAGGACAAAGACAAAGACAAGGAGGAGGACAAGAAGGCUGCCGACAAACCUCCUUCCUCCGAGGCUCCAUCAUCAGAAGCUGCAGCUGCACCAGGGGCAACACCCCCUGCAGGAGGCCCCGAGUCCAUGAGCCCUCCCCCAGCGUUGGCAGGCCUCCUAGGGACACGUCCCGGCAUCAUGCCCCUGCAGCGGCCCCCACAUCCAGGCCUCGCAAGUCCUCCAGGAGGUCCCCCUGGUGGUCCGCCUGGUCCCCCUGGACCUGGAGGUCCCCCGGGCCCUAUGCCCCCCUUCAUGCCCCCCUUCCCCCCCGACAUGAUGCCCCCCAACAUGUUCCCUCCCAUGAUGCCGCGGGGGCCCAACCCCAUGAUGUUCCGCGGCGAGGCUCCUCCGGGCCGCUUCCGUAUGCCCAUGCCCCCCAGAGGGGAUUUCAGGCCCCCGCCCAUGGACGACUUCCCCUCGCCCAUGGAAGACUUCAUGCCCCCCCACGGCCCCCCACGCAUGGGCCCCCCGCCAGAGGGUAUGGAUGACUGGGACGGUCCUCCUCCACCCCCGCUCUUUGGCAACGACUGGCACAGGGACGGGCCCCCUGGACCGGGUCCUGGCUGGUUCAGGGAUGGGCCUCCACACAGGGGGGGCCGAGGAGGGCGAGGGUGGGGGCGCGACCGGCCCGGCCCAGGGCCUGGGGGUCCGCCUGGCCGCUUUAUGAAUCGCCGUGAAUCGUUUGACUAGAACACUGAGUCCAUGUCACACAGCAACUGAGGAGGAACAAUGACUCUAACAUGACAUGUGAUUGAUACACUAUUGUUUUUGUUCGUUUUGAGGGGUUUUUUUGUUUUUGUUUUUUUCUUCGCCCAGUGAGUUUGUGAGGUAUGAAGAUUAACUGGAAGCUGGGACUGUGAGCGCAAGCCAAGCUGAGCAGUUGUGGUACAGUGAAGUAGACAGUGCGUUUUGUUUUUGUUUUAUUUUAUUUCCGCGGGAGUGUAGGAAACUAGCUGCCUCAAGUGCCCAGCAACUGAAGGACAGUGACACACACACACAUAAUGUGUGUGGGGAUGGAGAUUGGUAAUUGGCGUUGCUUUGUGUUUGGGAGAGGACACUACGUACAGGAUGACACCAAGAGAUCAAAUCUGUGCCAACACUUCAAUGAUGUUCACCAUGUGUUAAAAAAGAGGAAAAAAGUGUCUAAUGGUCAUCCCUUAACCAACCGUGGUGAAAAGAACACUACAGCUGAUAUGAAGGAAAGAACAUCUGUUUUUCUGUCUGCUUGAACCACUGUCUCUUUCUUAGUUCUUGUCUAAAAAGACAGUUUCUGUACAUAUUAACUCACAGCAGCUCAGUUUUUUUGUAUAUUUUGAAACAGCGUUACAUUUAGAUGGUACAUAUCUAUGUCUUGAGUGUGACAUUUCUGUCAACUCUGGGAGGAGUUAAUGUGUGUAUUUUUCCGUUUGAUCUGAAGAGCUGAAAUCAAAUGUACGUUUUUAUGGAGCAGUGAGUAAAAAAAAGGAUAUGUUGCACAGCCCUUUUCAUCUUUACCAUUUCUUUUAGUAAAAUAUUUUUGUAUCA